UAUAACAACUCUGUCCCCCUCGACUCUGUCCCCCUCAACACUGUCCCCUUCGACUCUGUCCCCCUCGACUCUGUCCCCCUCGAGUCUGUCCCCCUCAACACUGUCCCCUUCGACUUUGUCACCCUCGAGUCUGUCACCCACAACUCUGUCCCCCUCGACUCUGUCCCUAUCGACUCUGUCCCCCUCGACUCUGUCCCUAUCGACUCUGUCCCCCUCGACUCUGUCUCCCUCGACACUGUCCCCCUCGACUCUGUCCCCCUCGACUCUGUCCCCUUCGACUCUGUCCCCCUCAACACUGUCCCCUUCGACUCUGUCCCCCUCGACACUGUCCCCUUCGACUCUGUCCCCCUUGACUCUGUCCCCCUCGACUCUGUCCCCUUCGACUCUGUUCCCCUCGACUCUGUCCCCCUCAACACUGUCCCCUUCGACUCUGUCCCCCUCAACUCUGUCCCCCUCAACACUGUCCCCUUUGACUCUGUCCCCCUCAACUCUGUCCCCCUCAACUCUGUCCCCCUCAAGCAUGUCCCGCUCGACUCUGUCCCCUUCAACACUGUCCCCUUCGACUCUGUUCCCCUCGACUGUGUCCUCCUCAAGACUGUGCCCCUCAAGACUGUCCCCCUCGACUCUGUCCCCCUCAAGACUGUCCCCCUCGACUCUGUCCCCCUCAAGACUGUCCCGUUCGACUCUGUCCCCCUCAACACUGUCCCCUUCGACUCUGUCCCCCUCGACUCUGUCCCCCUCGACUCUAUACCCUUCGACUCUGUCCCCCUCGACUCUACUGUCCCGCUCGACUCUGUCCCCCUCGACACUGUCCCCCUCAACUCUGUCCCCUUCGACUCUGUUCCCCUCAAGACUGCCCUUCUCGACUCUGUCCCCCUCAAGACUGUCCCACUCGACUCUGUCCCCCUCAAGACUGUCCCCCUCGACUCUGUCCCCCUCAACUCUGUCCCCCUCAAGACUGUCCCGCUCGACUCUGUCCCCUUCAAGACUGUCCCCCUCGACUCUGUCCCCCUCAAGGCUGUCCCCCUCGACUUUGUCCCCCUCGACUCUGUCCCCCUCAAGACUGCCCUUCUCGACUCUGUCCCCCUCAAGACUGUCCCACUCGACUCUGUCCCCCUCAAGACUGUCCCCCUUGAUUCUGUCCCCCUCAACACUGUCCCCCUCAAGACUGUCCCCCUCGACUCUGUCCCCCUCGACUCUGUCUCCCUCAAGACUGUCCCCCUCAACUCUGUCCCCCUCGACUCUGUCCCCCUCAAGACUGUCCCCCUCAACUCUGUCCCGCUCGACUCUGUCCCCCUCAAGACUGUCCCCCUCGAUUCUGUCCCCCUCAAGACUCUCCUGCUCAAGACUGUCCCGCUCGACUCUGUGCCCCUCGACUCUGUCUCCCUCAAGACUGUCCCCGUCGACUCUGUCCCCCUUGACUCUGUCCCCCUCAAGACUGUCCCCGUCAACUUUGUCCCCCUCGACUCUGUCCCCCUCAAGACUGUCCCCCUCAAGACUGUCCCACUCGACUCUGUCCCCCUCGACUCUGUCCCCCUCAAGACUGUCCCGUUCGACUCUGUCCCCCUCGACUCUGUCUCCCUCAAGACUGUCCUGCUCGACUCUGUCCCCUUCAAGACUGUCCCCCUCAACACUGUCCCCCUCGACUCUGUCCCCCUCAACACUGUCCCCCUCAACUCUGUCCCCCUCGACUCAGUCUCCUUCGACUCUGUCCCGCUCGACUCUGUUUUAAUGAUGAGGGUUUGCUCGAAUGCCACGGUAAUGAAAUGA